AUGACCGCGAUACCUGUGGAUUUGUUGCAAGGCGAAUGGCCGUGUCAGCGUGAGAUUGACCUGCUCACACGCACGCAGACAGCGCACCAGGAGCUCUCGUCGCGUCUGCAGUCUAUGACACGUGAGCUGCGUGGAGAACGCUAUUAUCCCUUGCAGGUAGAGACCAAGCAGCUGCGUGUACGAGUGUAUCACACGUACGUCCCGCCCGUAGAAGCUUCAGAGACUACACAGGCAACAUUAGGUAGAUGGACGCUCAAGAUGGAAGGAAUUGACGCUGUAGCAGGACAGCCUUCUAUUGUGAAAUUCUCAAGCUAUUUUCGGAAAGUGUCGAUUGAACUGGACCCUCAUCUGUACUCGGAACACGUGAUCGAAUGGACAAGUUAUCAGAAAACAAACCAUGACGUAGACGGACUGGAAAUUACGAGAACUGGAAGCACGGCACAUACAGUAAAGAUCAAGCUGCUACCGGCGCAAACGCCAGAGCGAUUUACUAUUUCGCCAGAAUUGGAAGCGGCAAUUGGUCAAUAUAUUGGCCCUGCCAAGGCGUAUACGAAACAAGAUAUCGUACUCGCGAUGUGGGAGUACAUUAAACUACGCAACCUCAUCAAAGAGGACGACUGCCGAGUGGUUAUCUGUGACAAGCGGAUGGUGCAGAUGCUCAAGUGUGUAUCGUUGCCAUUUACGUCCAUUAUAGUGGCGCUUAAGCAGCAUCUGACACCUAUUAGCACCAUCGACCUCGAGUACACGCUGAACCUUACAGCGGCAUGUGAAUCUGAGCUGCUGGAAGAGCAGUUCUUUGACGUUUCUGUUGCGGCAACAUCGGAACUUGAUAGAACUCGGGCUCGCGUUCUGAAGCAAAUUGAGGAAUUACAGCAAGACCAAGAAAAGGAGAUUGCACUGCUGAAGGAACAAGAGUUGGAUAUUCUAGAGCGUUUGCAAAUGUAUACGCGGAAGAAGGAAUGGAUGACCCAAUUCGCUCAAGACCCGUGCGGGUUUAUGGUAGAUGUGAAAAAGUCUCAACUGGCCGAUGAGGAGAUUUUGAUUGCCGAGACGCAACUGGACGAAUGUAGUAUUCCUCGUCCUCAGCAGUUUACACAGCCGUGGGUUCGUGAGGUGAUUGGUGAUCUGCUUACCUCACGCCCCGCUAAGUAA